CACAGGACGCGCAUAAGGUUUGGCGCAACCCGCUUCCCGCAUGCUCAUAAAUCAACCCUACUGUUCGGCGUUUUCCAGGUUAGCUGGAAUACAAAUGAGUAAAUAAUUAGUGUCAUUCAGUAUAGUGGCUGAUUAUCUGCCUGAAAUCUUCGUAUCCAUUACGCCAUGUCGGUUACGGAACCUACAAAAGAGCUGAUAAAUUCUACGGAAGUAUGGGAUCCCUCUAAGCACCUUCCAUCUCCAAGAAGAAUAAGCCAGAACGAACAAAUUGCUGCCAUUCUGAUUGCUGUUACACUGUUGGCCAUAUUGACAAUCUGCAUUGUCAUACUCAUUAUAAGGACAAUGAGAAACCGUCCGACCCCACACUAUACCGCUCACCCGAAAAAUCGGCAUCCCAGUCUUUCAGAUGCGGAUCGAAUGAAGGAUGAGGUGAAGCCUAGUUACACCAGUGCUGCUUACGCAAAUCCGCGAGCUAGCACCCCAGGGUUGGUUGUGGUCGGACUCAGAGAAACACCAACGCGUAAAGUCAACAAGAAAUGGUACGACUCAACGGCUAUCCCUUUCAUGGAUGAUCUCGACAACGUCAAUGAAUCGGUCUAUGGCUACCACUGAGAUAAAUAUUCUUCGAACGGCCACCGCUGACUUUCGGAUAUUUUGCUUUGUUUAUCAUCAUUUCGUAAGUACUAAGCAUGAUGUUGCAGUGUAACUGUUUUUGAAGCGCCUACCAGCUUGUACAGCAUAUUGGGAAUAAAUAAGAAUCCGGAUAACAACGCGAU